AACACAGCGGGAAUAUAACACUCACGUUUCUGAAGACAGGAACUCCGGUGUAUGUGGAUCCGCUGGACCUGUGUGGCAGAUGACUCGGAUCGUGCCAGGGAGCAGAGUCUAAGGUGCCGCUGGUCUUCACCAGAGCCCACCGCAAAGCAGGAUGGGCUUGUUGCUGCAGACGACACUCAGGUCACAACCCCCGGCAACGGAUCGACCACACAGGCGGCUGAGGAGAUGCGAAGCACAGAAGGGAUGAGACAACUCUUAGUCAGGAUAGCUGUAGGUCAGGGCAGGAGAUCUGGUACACGGCAAGGCAAUUCAAAGGAACGCUUUCUCUAGGGCACAAGGCAACAAAGAUCCGGCAGAGAACUGAGGAGGGUGGAGGAAUUGAUCAACAAGACACAGUUUACAAGUAAAAAGCAUGGUGGAAGCUCUUUCCAUGAUCUAUGCCAUUGAAAAGGUUAAUAAUUCCACCCUGCUAGAAGGAAUUAAAUUGGGCUAUGAGCUAUAUGACACAUGUUCUGUUACUUUGAAAGCCGUUCAAGCAACACUAAACUUUAUUCCAGAAUUUACAACAAUGCUAAAUUCUACUGACUGCAGCAAUGGAAAAUAUAUAGGACCCAUCAAAGCAGUCGUGGGAGAAACUUAUUCAGAAAUUUCCAUUGCUGUUUCCCAGAUUCUAGGCCUUUAUCUUAUACCACAGAUUAGCCCAGCAUCAUCUGCUGCAGCCUUAAGUGACAAAAUAAGGUUCCCUUCAUUUUUACGAACCAUCCCAAGUGAUACACAUCAAACAAAAGCCAUCGUGGAGCUGAUAAAAACAUUUAAAUGGAACUGGGUUGGAAUAAUUUCAAGUGAUGACGAAUAUGGAAAGUCAGCUCAGGAUAGUCUGAAUAGUCUUCUCAAACUAGAAGGAAUAUGCACAGCUUUUUCUAAAACAGUGCCAUCCUAUGUGGAUCAUCCACUUCUGCAAGCCUCCUUAGACAGUGCAGUAAGUGACAUAAGUGCUAGUUCAACUAACGUUCUGGUUGUAUUUGCGAAAGGCCCUAUUAUUGCCAAACUUAUUAAAGACUGUAUUAAACAGAAUAUUUCCAAAGUCUGGAUUGCCACUGACAGCUGGUCAAUUUCAAAUGAAGUUAUAAGUAUUAAAAACAUUGAACUGGCUGGUACAUUUCUUGGACUCACUUUCAAAAUGGGCUAUAUUAUGGGAUUUGAAGAUUAUCUAAGCAAUUUGAAAAUUCCAGGUCCAGAACAUGUUAAUCAUUUUCUUGAAGAAUAUAAAGAAUUAAGAUUUGACUGUACUGAAGAAUACAGGGAAUAUAUGAAAUGUGUAAAUUCAUCCUCUAAAAACUGUAUUUUUAACAGUCCUUUAGAACUCAAGUCCCCACUUGCAUGUCAAACGGGGAAUCUCUCUUUUGUAAAUGAUAACUUCUUGGUGGAAAAUAUUGAGUGGAGUGAAACAUAUAGUACUCAUUUGGCUGUUAUAGCCAUAGCUAACGCUCUAAAUAAGCUUUUAUGCACAAAUGGAGUUUGUGAAAAAAGGUUGGACUUCUCACCAAGUCAGCUACUUGAAAAACUAAAGAAUGGGACUUUUUCCUUCAAUGGUGAAACUUACCAAUUUGAUUCUUCUGGAGAUCUCUUAACUGGAUAUGAUGUCAUUACUUGGCAUUUCACAAAGACAACAAGCACAGUUCAGAUUGUUGGCAAAUAUGACAUAUCAGAAGGCAAGAUCAGCAUCAACAGAAGCUUUCUUCAGUGGAACACAAAUGAAAACCAGGUUCCAUUUUCAAAUUGCUCCAGAUCUUGCAAUCCUGGGUAUUUUAAAAAAUACUCUUAUAUAAGCUGCUGCUAUGAAUGUGUCCCUUGUGCUAAGGAUGAUUACUCCCCUAUAGCAGAUAUGACUGAAUGCCUAAAGUGUUCAUCUUGGCAAUGGUCAACUAAUGGAAGUGAUCGAUGUACCAACAGGACAAUAAAAUAUUUUGAUUGGAAAGACCCAUAUGCCAUUACGUUGAUGGCCUUCUCAGCCUUUGGGGUUGCUCUUGUGAUAAUGACAAUAGUAUUGUUUGCUAAACACUUUAAUACUCCAGCAGUUAAAGCAGCAGGGGGCUACUACACAUUCUUACUGAAUAUAUCAUUGCUCGUAAACUUGGUGAGCAUAGUAUUUUUUAUUGGAGAACCAAACAACACCAUCUGUAAAAUACGACAACCUUUCUAUGGUAUCAGCUUCACCUUUUCUGUAUCUUGCAUUAUGAUAAAAUCAAUCCGAAUUCUGCUAACAUUUGAAUCAGCCAAAAGACGCAAAGUAAUAGUUAAAUUCAAGUACCUGCCAAUAGUUAUUAUAAUGGCAUUGACUGGAGUUCAAGUGCUUAUUUGUACCUUAUGGCUUUCAAUGGAUGGACCUUACCGUCAAGACAUUACAAUGAAUGACCUCAUAAUAGUAAAGUGUGAUGAGGGAUCUUAUCAGGCAUUUGGCAUCAUGCUUGGCUACAUUGGUUUACUAGCAUUGAUCUGUUUCCUUCUAGCUUACAAAGGGAGAAAACUGCCUGAGAAAUACAAUGAGGCUCGAUGUAUCACGUUUAGCAUGUUGGUCUAUAUGUUUGUGUGGAUUCUCUUUAUCCCAGUUUAUAUAAACACCACAAGUGGCAUGUAUGAUUCAGCAGUACAAGCUGUUGCCAUAUUAGCCUCAAUAUAUGGAGUUAUAUCAUGUCAUCUUUUACAAGGUUGCUAUAUCUUAAUAUUUAAAAGAGAAACUUGUACACGAGAAAAAUACCUGCAGAGUAUCUUUUCAUUUUAUAGAGCUAGGAGAAAGGUUCAGUCAUUAUGUAAAAGCCAGUUCAAUCUGGAAAUUCCCACUGCUGCUCAAAAGCAAGACAUUGUAACUACUCAGGUAGCGCAGGAAGAUUUGGGUUCAAAAAAUGGGCUAAGAAAACGGCACAAUAGCUGUUAAUCGAGGAAACAGAUUCUCUUGUUUGGAUGGAGGGGAUUUACCAAUCAUAUUGAUUAUUCCAGUAAUUGAAUAUUACAGACUGGUUUUACAUUUUUUUUGGUGUAACUUUAUAAGUAACUAGUAAUUUAAUAAUAAUAAAUGACAUUCAAAAACUGUAUUAUCCUUGCAAACAUGUACAUUAUACAUAGUGUGUGUUCACCUAUAUCACCAUCUAGCAGAGAACUUGGCAUUGCCCGGUCUUCCUUCCUACUAUCCCACCUUCAUAUCCCUACUUCAAAUCCCGUCCUAAUAUCCCACCCUCAUAUUAUGUCCUUAUAUUCCCCUUCUCAUAUCCCAACCCCAUAUAUUGUCCUCAUAUCAUGUUCUAAUAUCCUAUCCUCAUAUGCCGACCUUAUAUCCCAUCCUCAGAUCUCAUCCUAUCGUCAUUUCCCUGCCUCAUAUCCCUUGGGCUGGAAAAGGUGGUUACAGUCCAAGGAGACUCUCCUAGGACUGUAUCCUCCUUUUUCAGCCCAAAGGAGCACCUGAAAGCUGAACUAAUUUAUGCAGGCUAAAGUAAGCAACCGCUCAUCUCUACUGAUAUUUGUGAAAACUAAAACCAAUAAAUACGCCGAUAAAUACAAAUCCAGGCCCCCAGCAGCCGCUGCUGGUCACUGUUCUAAAUUGGCGGUGGCUGGGCUGCUGAUCUUGAACAAGUAGCCGGUGCCGUGGCCACUUUAAAUCAGUGACCAGCAACGGCUGCAGGGACUAGCAAGUGGCGUCCCUGACAUUGCUGAGGAGCCACACAGAGGACGUUGCUCGGCAAUUCACUGACUGCCCCAGAUGCCGCCUGAAUCUGAGGCUGCCGGAGUGCAGGGGAGCAGACUAAGGGGGAGGGGGAAAGAUGUAGCACAGAGGGGAUCAGAGAGGGAGGAAUGAUGUGGCACAGGGG